CUGAGUAAAACCCCAACCUAACGCCUUGUCUGAUUCAUUUUAAGUAUGGCAAUUCCAAGCUCCCGAUUGCGCGCCGGAGCUUCUGCGUUGGUACGAAUUUUCUCUCCGAAACCUAGAACGCCGCCGAAGCAGGAGCUCAAUUUGUUUAAGAGAUUGUCUGCAGUGGGGUAUACCGAUGGAGAGGUGGCGAGUGCCAUUGAUGACUACACAAAGGAGGGAAAAAUCGUCAACAAAGCUGAGCUCGAUCAAUAUAUCAAGGCCUUCCGCAGAUUCAAACGAUACCGCCACAUUCUCGAGGUUGGGGAGUGGAUGGCUCAAAAGUUUGUCUUGAAGCCCAAAGAUAAUGCGAUUCAUCUUUGGGCGAUUGCAAAAGUUAAGGGCAUAGCUGCAGCUGAAAAUUACUUCAACGACCUGCCUCCAUCUAGUAGGGUGAGGUGCACUUACGAAAAACUUCUAAAUUGCUACUGUACUGAGAAGAUGGAUGAUAAAGCAUUAGAUCUCUUCAAAAAAAUGAUUGAGCAAAACAUGAUAGAGACACCUGUACCUUUUAACCAUCUUAUGAUGAUGCAUAUACGGUUGGGAGAGCCAGAAAAGACGAUCCGCUUGGGUGAAGAACUGAAGAAGGCGAAUAUUGAGCCCAACACAUCAACGUGCAACUUGUUGAUGAGCAGCUAUUCAUAUUUGAAUGAUUUUGAUGGAGUGGAAAGAGUUUUGAAGGAGAUGUCAGCAAAGAACAACAAGCUAGUUAACUGGACGACAUAUAGUCACUUGGCAAACAUCUACGUCCAAGCUGGAGACCAUGAAAAAGCUAGGAUGGCUCUGAAAGCUCUUGAGAAGGAGAUUGGUGGCCAUGAACGUGUUGCAUACAAUUUCAUGAUAAGCAUAUAUGCUCGAAUGGGUGAUCUUGACAAUGUCCAUCGUGUUUGGAAGUCUCUUAAGUCGGGCUGUAACGUGAUCUGGAACAUGAACUAUAUAACCAUGAUCCGGACUCUUGAUAAUCUCAAUGACAUCGAUGGGUUGAAGGAAUGCUUCGAGGAAUGGGAGAAGGUUUGCUCCAAUUAUGAUGCUAGGUUGCCCAGUACAGUCAUUGGAGCUUAUCUGAGGCACGACAGGCCUGAAGAAGCCGAGUCAGUUCUUCAGAGCAUGCUUGGUAAAUCAAAAGGUCAUUUCUUCUAUGCCUGUGAAACAUUUGUGCAUUUCUACCUGAAAAGGCAUGGUGUGAAGCAGGCUAUGAAGAUCAUGGAUAAAGUUACAUCCGAAGCUGUCAACCACGGGUGGAAACCUAGGCAAGACACCAUAGAUGGAUUCUUGGACUGCUUCAAGUUAGAGAGUGAUGUAAGGGGUGCUGAGGAAUUAUACGAGUUGAUGAAGAGGAUAAACUGUGUCAACGACCAUUUUUACAAGAUGUUGAUUCAGAUUUAUGCUGGCGCAGGCCAAAAAUUAGGCAAUGUACGUGAAAGGAUUGAGAGAGAUGGAGUUGAAACAAGCAGUGAGCUUGAGGACUUGGUCGCAAGCGUUUCCUCUUGAAUGAAAAAUCGUGGCAAAUAGGUUUUUUUCCAAAGCAUCCCCUCAAUUUUGUGGAGUAAAUUUUUGGUAAUUGUCAUCAUUUUAAACUAGUUGGCUAAAUUGAUGAGAAACAGUCAAUAUAUGUAUACCAAUGUCCAAUUAAAAGAAACAAAGGAAUCAUACCGAUGUCCAAUUAAAAUAAACAAAGGAAUGAGUCAGUUCUCGAGAGUUCCAAGUCGUUAAAAGAUAGCGCUACAAAUGCCAACUUGUAUACAAAAAUGAGAACCAAAUAGAAACAAAAUUUCAGAAGUUAAAAGCUAAACAGAUAAUAUGUUUAUACAAAUCGAUCAAAUGAAUGUGGAAGGCCGGGAAUGAGAGCUUGAUCGGUUUAACAGGACAAGUGAAGAGGCUACAAGAAUGGAAAGUGGCUCAAUCGCAAGACCCCUCUUUGAUUAUCAGAUGGUUUUAAGCCUACUCUAUCACAAACCACUCAACCCCCAUUAGUUAUUCUGUUUUCAGGGUCACGUCUGUGAUUCCUAUGGGGGCU